AAGCAAAAGGAAGAACAAGAUUUCAAGAAUUGCCUGGAUUUUAACAUUUUCACAAACGAAAGAAAAUGUUUUAUAUAGCUUAAACACCCCACUACCGCGAGAGCGACACAUGAAAGUUGAAACCAUCUCCGUCCACAAGUUGCAGUGAAAAUGGCUUAUUUUUCGACAGUUCUCCUUUAUGCUCUCUCUUUCCUUUUUUCCUUCCUUCCUCUCUGUCCAAUUUUAAACAAUUCUCCUCUCUGCCUUCUUAUUCUUCCUAUCCUUUUUCUUCCCAUAUAACAGCAGGAAGAAGAACAAAGUGGCUGCAGUUCCAACAUGGCGGCUGUCGUCGAGUCUAAUGCUAAUUCGAACGUGGGGCACCUGAAUUCUGGUGGAACUGAAAGUAUUGUUUCAAAUGGAACGAUUACAGAAACUGACAAUGGCUUCUUUUCUCAAACAAUUACAGAGGAGCCCUGCAUUUCUUGUACCACAUUCAAUAUCCUGGCUCCAAUCUAUAAGCGACUCGAUCACCAGGACCAGAGUAUCCGUGAAAGCGAUAACAGAACAUUUUGGUUCACCAGGAACCAAAUAAUUUUGGAUUGGCUACUAUUUGAGAAGUCUUGCAUUAUAUGUCUCCAGGAAUUCUGGGUUGGCAAUGAAGAACUCGUGCAUAUGUACCAGGAAAGGCUUGGCAAUGCGGGCUAUGCGACCUUCCAGCUUUCCCGGACCAACAACCGAGGAGAUGGCCUGCUAACUGCUGUACAUGAGCACUACAUUCGGGUUCUAAAUUAUCAAGAGUUGCACUUCAAUGACUUUGGAGACCGUGUUGCUCAGCUACUGCAUGUUCAGUCAGCUUUGCCUCUUAUGCAAAGCCAAAAUGGCGAUGCUCAACAAGAAUUUCUUAUUGUGAAUACACACUUGUUGUUUCCUCACGAUUCUAGUCUGUCUAUUGUGAGAUUGAAUCAGGCUUACAAAAUACUACAGUAUGUGGAAACAUUUCAGAGAGAAAACAAACUAAACCUUGUGCCCAUCAUUCUCUGUGGUGAUUGGAAUGGAAGCAAGCGUGGGCAUGUUUACAAAUUCCUUAGGUCGCAGGGAUUUGCUUCAGCAUAUGAUAUUCUUCAUCAAUAUACUGAUAGUGAUGCAGAUGCUCACAGGUGGGUGAGCCACAGAAAUCAUAGGGGUAACAUAUGUGGUGUCAAUUUCAUAUGGCUUCGUAAUCCUAUUAAAUCAAGGAAGCUGCUGAAGACAAGUUGGGCUGAAGCAGUAUUUGGAAUAAUAAAGUAUCAACUUCUGAAAGCUUCGCUGAAUGAAAGUGAUGCAUUUGCAUUUUUUAAGGCUGAUGAGCCUGGUGAUUAUAUAACAUAUCCGGCUUUCUGUGAAGGACUACGCCUGAUAAAUCUGAUUGGUCUCCCUUAUGGACUGAGUUUCCAGCAGACAGAACAUCUAUGGAUCCUAGUAGAUGUUGAUGGAAACGGUGUCGUUGAUUAUGAAGAACUUAAGAAGAUUUGGAACUCGGCCUGUCUAGAGCAAGAGAAAGACUGUAUUUCAAGUACAAAGGAGGCUGAAUCAGAUUUAGAAGAAGCAGUUAUUGGCUUCUCUGUAAAAGACGCUUUUCUUUUACCCCGUGAAGCAGAGAAAGGGAUGUGGCCUGAAGAUUAUUCUCUUUCUGAUCACGCUCGACUCACAGUUGUGUUUUCACCAGUAAGAUUGCAUAAUCAUCAAUUUACGUUUGUGAACCAAACUAGCACAAAAUCAUGUGUAGGUUAGAGUCCAGAGUUUGUAAAUGAAAAAUAUCUGUACAUAGUUCAUAGAUAUCCCUUCUUGCGUUGCCUGUGUCUUGUUGAUUAAAAUUUCCAGGUAAAGAGUAAUUUUGUAACUAGUUGUGUUCUAGCCUCAACCAAUUUCUUUUUCAGGUGGAGAACCUUAUAUAUCCUAGAUUUCAAUUGUAA